UCAGCGCCGCCGCCGCCCCGUUCCCUCCUCACUUCCGCCUCUGCGCACUGACUCCCCGCUCUCCUCCAAUCAGAGGAGACGAGAGGCGGGAUUGCGCUCUUUCUACUCUUCUCAUUGGUUUAGCCUACCGCCCGUCUCCUUUCCGGCGUUUCUAUUGGUGGAGAGAAAGGAGAGCGGGAAGUUCGCGGCGGAUCGUAGCGCUGAGGGAAAGGAAUGGGAACGGAGGAAGCGGAGCGGUUCUGAGGGUCCGAAUCGAAGCGGAACGGAACCGAAUCUGAACCCAUGGAGCGGCUGUGCGAACUGCGGGCGAUGCUGAAGGGCUGGGAGGUGGUUUUCGAACGGGAGAACGGCCGGAGACCGGGAAAGGCCGACGUGGCGGCGGCUUCAGAGGACACCAAACGGCUGUACCGGGAGUACCGGGAGCUGAAGCAGCGCUCGGAGCUCACAGAGCAGAGCCCUGCGGCACAGCAGGACUCGGGCUGCUGGGGGUCGCACCUGAACCGGCAGCCGAAGCUCCCCGGGAUGCGGCAGCAACCAGCAGCAGCAGCGUCGGCGCAGCUCUACGGGAUGAGGCUGAAGGCCAACCUGGGCACGGCCAUACAGGAGGAGGCGCCGUCGGCGGUGAAGAGGAGCCUGGCCUGCAGGAGGAAAAUCGCGGCUCCACGGCGCCGCGCCGCCUCCCCGAGCACCGAUGGCGACGACGAAUCGGCCCCAGGCCUCCCCGAAUCGGCCCCCAGGCCUCCCCGAAUCGGCCCCAGGCCUCCCUGA